AUGCCGUCGCUCCCGUUUGCUUUGUUCCACAGUGGUUGGGAGAAGAAUGUUUGGCUCUCGCCUUGCCUCUUCGUCUUGACCAGCGUGUGGACCGAAUGGUCAAUUGUGACUGGCCACGGCCCGGAGGCAUUCUCGGUAUCUGAAACUGCUGCCCGGUUCUUUCUAGUGGAAGCUGUUAAGCUAGUUCUCUCCCUGGGAUGCUUGCUCCCGCGAGAGAGUGCCUUAGGUUCACAAUGGGUCGCAAUUCAUACCGAUGAUGAAGAGGGGGAGUUCUCAAGAGUAUUGUCCGAUGAUCAUAUUGGUCGACACUCUGAGUCUCAGGCUUACGGGAGCCGGAGAAACUUCUCAUCCACGGUGUCUCAAACGACACACAGAUCGACAAUUGCGUUUAUCGUGGCAACUUCCGCACUAUUUGCCUACUCCAAGUACAGUACAUUGAUCACGCAGCAUCUCACGGAUCCAUUCACACUAUAUCUAGACUCAUCUGUUGCGACAAUCAUAACCCUGAUAUUUUCUUAUAUAUUCCUAUUGCAAUAUUUUUCAGCCGUACAAUGGCAGACGGCUCUACUUCAGCCCAAAGAAGAUGAUCAGCGGCAAGCAAAGAGACCCACGAUCCCAUUUCGCCGGGUGCUCAGCGCGGUGCUGCUUCUGGGCACCACAUUCUAUCUUACGUUCACUGCCUUUUGGGGAUGGCCAAUGGUCUUCCGUUUUCCUCGAACACCUGAGACCGUUAUGGGUGCACUGGACGCCGCGUUAGCUGAUUGUACCCGAAAACCCCUCCCGUCCCUUUCGUUCUGGCCUACCGAAAGAACUUAUCAUUCAUUUGAUAAUAUCCUUCUGAUCGUGUUCUUUAGUCACGCGCGGUAUGACGCCAACUUGGACUAUUACAGAGAAGUUUACUCUCAGUUUUUUCCCAAUAUUGUAUUCGUUGGUCCCGGGAGUAGAGAAGAUGCAGGAUUUGUCCACUCGUACGAUGUCGUCGUGGAUUCCUAUCAGUCUGACGAGGAGCUAACCGACGACCCUCAUUUGUACAAGAUGGCCGGAAGGAUGGCGCAUCACAUGUUAUACACGGUUAUGAACGAUUUCGAUUGCUACGAUGGGUAUCUUUGGGCCCCUUUCGACACGCUUCUCAACGUUCCCCGUCUCCAACAGUUUGACCAGCGAUACUUCUGGUAUCACUCUCCGUUUGCUGAGUAUGUGCAUAACUCAGCCUUAGGUGACGCAAUCGCCAAUGCGAACAGAAGUCGACAUGCGCCCCCCGCAAAUGUAUCGCCUGAUCCAACUAUCGACUUUGGAUCUAGCUGGAGAGGAUGGGGGCUUGAUUGGUGGUGGGGUGAUCCUCGCGUAGGGCUUGUGGUCUGCAUGGAAGCCUUUAACAAGGUACCCGCACGUCUACGAGAGCGCUUGGCAUCAUAUACAAACGACACCACAAGGCUGAUUGGGGGAUCGGCGGAUACGCUCUAUAUACCUGGAAGGCACCGACGAGUCUUCCUAGAUACACUCGCUCUGUUUUUAGCGACUGAUUGCUUUUUGGAAAUCGCUACGCCGACUGUGGUGCACCUAGUGGUGCCUCCUGACGAACCCAUCCUGUUUGUGGACCAUUGGUGGAUCUGGCAACCGCCCUUCAACGCUACGUUUGUACGGCAAAAAUGGUUGCAAGGGUAUGAGGUUGAUACAUUCCAUACGUUCCAUUGGGGAGACCGAGACGAAGACAGUGUCUGGCGAGGAAAGCCUGAACACAUAGCUGAUGUCCGUAUGCUCCUCACAGAAUCUGCGCAAAGGCAGGGUGUCACCUUUGACGCAGAGUGGUCUAUUGCUCUGCUGCUGUCAUCGACUAUUUUGAUCAAUUUUGGUGUCGUUCGUCCGUAA